AUGGCUGAACAACAUCUCGAGGAAAGACUUGGCAAUGGAGAAACUGACUCAGUGUUAACUUCACUUCUAUCACAAGAAACUAGUCCCCAGUCUCCAGUAAUGUCGAAAAAAUCCUCAAAUGUGGAUCAGAAACAAAAAGAGCCGGCAAAAGAGGCUAGUGAAAGGCUAAUCCAAAUGAAAAACGAACAGCGAGUAAAGGAGCUAGAGCUCCAAAAGCUGACCGCUGAGCUUCAGCUGACAAAACAGCGCAAGGAAAGUUGCUGCUCUCAACAAGUCCCAGGCUGAAGAAGCCGAACGAAGAUUGCAAGUAUCGGAUAACGACACAGUACAGAACUUCCUUAUUAACCGUCACUUAGAAAAACAUUCAGAGCUACCCAAUGAAAACAAAGAAUCUUCUUUGGCGAAGAAAAAUCUUCUUUGGCGAAGAAAAAACUGACUAUGAAUCCUGGAAGGCAGCAUUCCUGUCUGCUGUCGACCGUCUUGAUAUUCCUGUUGGAGAAAAAAAUGCUUAG